GGGAACGGGAAGCAGAAACAGAUCAGACAGCAGGUCGGUCGGUGAGCUGAGAGACAGACCACACAAAGUACCGGCGGAAAAACGGCAGACCUGAGCCUUUUGGUUUCUGUUGCGGCGGUUUCUUCUCCUGUGGACUUACGUUACGGGAAGUUUUAUUCAACGGUUCAGACGGACAGAGAGGGUCAGAAAGGCUGUCCACCAUGUCGGGGAGCAGGGAGGAGGAGAGGAGGAAACUGGCCGACAUCAUCAACCACUGGAACGCCAACCGACUCGACCUGUUCGAGAUCAGCCGGCCCACAGAGGACUUGGAGUUCCAUGGCGUGAUGCGGUUCUACUUCCAGGACCGGGUUGCCGGUAACUUUGCCACCAAGUGCAUCAGAGUGUCCAGCACAGCGACAACGCAGGACGUCAUCGAGACGUUAGCCGAGAAGUUCAGACCAGACAUGAGGAUGCUCUCCUCGCCAAAAUACUCCCUUUAUGAGGUCCACGUCAGUGGCGAAGAGCGUCAGCUGGACAUGGACGAGAAGCCUCUUGUUGUUCAGCUGAACUGGAACAAAGACGACCGAGAAGGACGCUUUGUCCUGAAGAACGAGAACGACAUCCUUCCCAAGAAGAGUCAGAGUAAUGGGCCCGAGAAAGAGAAGGAUGGAGUGAUCCAGAACUUCAAAAGGACUUUGUCCAAGAAGGAGAAGAAGAAGGAAAAGAAGAGAGAGAAGGAGUCCGCCCGGAUCCCCGAUGGGGACGAGCAGACGCUCAGCCGGGAGGACGGGGAAAACAAUCGUCUGGCGGCAGAGGUUUACAAGGACAUGCCGGAGACCAGCUUUACCAGGACAAUCUCCAACCCGGAGGUGGUGAUGAAGAGGAGACGCCAGCAGAAACUGGAGAAACGCAUGCAGGAGUUUAUGAGCAGUGAUGGAAGGCCCGACUCGGGAGGCACUUUGCGGAUAUACGCUGACAGUCUGAAGCCCAACAUCCCGUAUAAGACCAUCCUGCUCUCCACUAGAGACACGGCUGACUUUGCUGUGGUGGAGGCGCUGGAGAAGUACGGCCUGGAGAAGGAGAACCCCAGAGAGUACUGCAUCGCUCGGCAAGAUGAUAAGUCGGGCAAGGACAUGAUUCUGGACGAUACUGAGUGUCCACUGCAGAUCUUCAGGGACUGGCCUGCUGACAGAGGAUCGCUAGUGUUCCAGCUGAAAAAGAGACCCCCCGACUACCAGGGGAGGAAGGGAAGGAAAGGCGACGACAAGGGCCUUCGAGGGAAGGAGGGCAGCACUAGCUCCUUGCCGCCCGAGAAACUGCCUUACCUGGUGGAGCUGAGCCCAGGGCGAGGGAAUCACUAUGCCUACUACGCCUAUCGGCACCACGAAGACGGGUCUGACUCACGUGACAAACCAAAGCUGUACCGGCUUCAGCACAGCAUCACCGAGGUCGGCUCAGACUGCACAGAGGACGGAGCCAUCCAGCUGCUCGGUCCGGGGAUUCUGCCCCACCACUGCAACCUCAUGCACAGUGAAGGCAUGGUCACCGUGACGCCGCACGGCCCAGACGCGGACACCUUUGUCGACGGGCAACGAGUUACCGAGACGACGCUGCUGCGCUCGGGCUCCACCCUCCAGUUUGGCUCUGCGCACGUCUUCAAGUUUGUGGACCCGAUGUUCGACCAGGGAGGGAAAAGAGAACCGGCCUCCAUGAUGAGGAGCCGACACAAGUCUGGCAGCGUACCAGAAACCACCUUCGACCUUCACGGAGACGUCCACAGUGGAUCUGCUCUGCCUACCAGCAAGAGCUCAGGGAAGCUGGAGAUGGAGAGAGGCAUGGUCAAACCCAUGAUCAGAGGAGAGCAGCAGGACAGCAGGUCUCAGGACAUUUCAGCAGACCGAACCGAGUUGACUCUGCCAGCUGGCAUCGAGUUCAGAGACAACUCUGAAGACACCUUCCUGUCAGCCAUCAUCAACUACACUAACAGCUCCACGGUCCACUUCAAACUCUCACCCACCUACGUCCUGUACAUGGCCUGCCGCUUCGUCCUGUCCCCUUCUUACCGGCCCGACAUGUCGCCGUCUGAGAGAACGCACAAGGUCAUCGCCAUCGUCAACAAGAUGGUGAGCAUGAUGGAGGGAGUCAUCCAGGAGAUUCCUGAAGGGGAUCAGAAGCAGAAGAACAUUGCAGGAGCGCUGGCUUUCUGGAUGGCCAACGCCUCAGAACUGCUCAACUUCAUCAAGCAGGACCGAGACCUGAGUCGCGUUACGCUGGACGCCCAGGACAUCCUCGCCCAUCUGGUCCAGAUGGCUUUCAAGUACCUGGUCCACUGUCUUCAGGCUGAUCUCAACAACUACAUGCCUGCCUUCCUGGACGACCCCGAGGAGCAUAAUCCACAGAGACCCAAGAUCGAGGACGUCCUGCACACCCUGACGGGGGCGAUGUCGUUGCUGCGGCGGUGUCGAGUCAACGCCGCCCUGACCAUCCAGCUCUUCUCGCAGCUCUUCCACUUCAUCAACAUGUGGCUCUUCAACAAGCUGGUGACGGACACAGAGUCGGGCCUGUGCUGUCACUACUGGGGGGCCAUCCUCCGGCAGCAGCUCAGCCACAUCGAGGCCUGGGCAGAGAAACAGGGUCUGGAGCUCGCCGCCGACUGCCACCUCAGUCGAAUUGUACAGGCCACCACCCUGCUCACCAUGGACAAAUACUCCAUGCAGGAUGUGCAGAACAUCCACAACACCUGCUUUAAGCUCAACUCCCUGCAGCUCCACGCACUCAUGACCAACUACCACUGUGCUCCAGACGAGCCUUACAUCCCACCUGAGCUGAUAGACCACGUGGUUGCCGUGGCAGAAAACACAGCAGAUGAGCUGGCGAGGAGUGACGGGAGAGAGGUCCAGCUGGAGGAGGAUCCGGACCUGCAGCUGCCCUUCCUCCUUCCUGAGGACGGCUACUCCUGCGAUGUGGUGCGCAGCCUCCCCAACGGCCUGCAGGACUUCCUGGAGCCGCUGCUGCAGAGAGGCUUCUGUAGGUUAGUACCCCACCCCCGUUCGCCUGGCACCUGGACUGUCCACUUUGAAGGAGCUGACUGUGACAGCCACUUCUCCGCUGCUGACAGUUCUGAGAUGCCAAUGAGGAAAGACCCGGAGGUUGUCACGGUAACCCUGAAGAAGCACAACGGCAUGGGCCUCAGCAUCGUGGCUGCCAAGGGUGCUGGUCAGGAGAAGCUGGGCAUCUACAUCAAGUCUGUUGUCAAAGGAGGAGCAGCUGACGUGGAUGGACGUCUGGCUGCAGGUGACCAGCUGUUGAGCGUGGACGGGCGCAGCCUGGUCGGCCUAUCACAAGAGAGGGCAGCAGAGCUGAUGACGAGGACCGGCUCAGUUGUGACUCUGGAGGUGGCCAAGCAAGGAGCCAUUUACCACGGACUGGCUACUCUCCUCAACCAGCCCAGCCCCAUGAUGCCAAGAGCAUCAGACAGAGGCCGCGACAAGAACGGGAAACUGCGACCAAAGAGCGAAGGCUUCGAGUUGUACAACAACUCGGUGCAGAACGGCUCUCCGGAGAGUCCCCAGGCCGGCUGGGAUUCUUACCCCGAACCAAAGAAGAUGAGCAGCGAAGAUCGACUUCUCAAGAACCGAGCUGACCACCGCUCCAGCCCCAACGUAGCCAAUCAGAGCCAGAGUCCUGCGGGAAAAGCGGUGUACCCCGGAGGACCUGGCACUAAGAUCACCUCCGUCUCCACCGGCAACCUGUGUGCAGACGAUGAGCCCUCCCCUCCCCGUCCAGAGGCCUACCCCAUCCCCACCCAGACCUACCCCAGGGAGUACUUCACCAUCCCGGCCUCGAAGAGCCAGGAUCGGGUCGUCGGUCCUGGGCAGGGGCCCUCACAACACUGGCAGGGCAUGGAGGACAGAGAACGCCUCCCAUUGGUCGACAACAUCCACAACAACAGCAUGCAGCGGAUUAACCACUCCCAGGAGGAGUUGUACCCCUCACCAGGAGGUAUGAGGCUAGACGAGCGCAUGCAGCAGCACUACCAGCAGGACUAUCAGCCCCGGGACCUGGACUACCAACACCGAGAUUUUGACUACCAGAGAGGUCCACCGGGAGGAGGUCCUGACCACUGGGCCCCACAGCCGCAGGUGUCCUCCUCGUUGGAGUCAUCCACAUCCAGCCAAGAGCACCUCAACUUCUCAGCCGCCUCCUCCUCCUCCUCCCAGAAGAACCAGAAGACCGGGCCGGGCCGAUGGAAGACGCCCAACGCCCCUCACGCUGCGCCGCCACAUUCGGCACAGACGCCAUCACGCUCCGACCUGCCCCCUCCGCCGCCCCCACCACCGGCCCCUUACCCUGACGCCUACGACGCCUACGAACCCCAGCCGGAGCUACCGCUCCCGCCGCCUCCCGCCGCCGUCUCCCCCGCAACAGCCCAGCAGGCUGCUGACCGCAAGAAACGCGAGGAGCAGCAACGCUGGUAUGAGAAGGAGAAAGCUCGUCUGGAGGAAGAGAGGGAGAGGAAGAGGAGAGAGCAAGAGAGGAAGCUGGGUCAGAUCCGGGCCAACCCCGUCAUGCCUGUCCAACCUCACAACAAUGGAGGAUCCAUGCCUCCUCCUCAUCACCAGCCCCCUCUGCCCUCUGUGGCCCCGCCCCUGCCCUACCUCCCCCCACAGCCUCAGCCACAACCACAGCCUCCCCCAUCCAGACCCGAGAAGCUGGCCAGCCUGCCACGAUCGGCUGUUCCUCCCCCUGCUAAUGCCUCCAACCCUGGCAUGGACACAGUGAUCAGGGAGCUGUUGCCGCAGCAGCAGCCACGGACCAUUGAGAGGCGAGACCUGCAGUACAUCACCAUCAGUAAGGAGGACCUAACGUCCAGCGACAGUCUGUCUCCAGACCCCUGGAAACGAGACGCCCGGGAGAAGGCCGAGAAACAGCAGCAGCUUCACAUCGUCGACCUGCUGGACAAGGAGAUCCAGGACCUCCAGUCAAAGCCAGAGCGAACUGCGGAGGAAAGCGACCGCUUGAGGAAGCUGAUGCUAGAAUGGCAAUUCCAGAAACGACUGCAGGAGUCCAAGCAAAGCGACGAGGACGAGGAGGAGGAGGAUGACGAGGACGUGGACACCUUGAUGAUCAUGCAGAGGCUGGAGGCCGAAAAGAGAGCCAGGUUGCAGGACGAAGAGCGACGGCGUAAGCAGCAGCUGGAGGAGAUUCGUAAGCGGGAGGCGGAGGAGCGAGCAAAACAGGAGGAGGAGAGAAGGUGGAGGGAAGAGGCCAAACGAGAGGCAGGGGAGAAGAGGAGACAGGAGGAGGAGUACUACACUCGCCUGGAGGCCGAGCGGCGCCGGCAGCACGAGGAGGCCGAGAGAAAGCUGCUGACGCCUGAGGAGCCGGCCGGAUUUAACUCGUACACUGGAAACUCAGCAGGAGUUGUAGGAUCGGGAGAAGUCUACAACGACCCGCGAGACAAAUGGCCGAAGAGCAGCAGUCAGGAGCAGGAGAACUCAAUCCCCAGCGGCGCCCCGGAGAGUCUCACCUUUAAGGAGCGCCAGCGUCUCUUCUCUCAGGGGAAGGAGGUUUCCAACAAGGUCAAGGCUUCACGCAAACUCAUGGAGCUGGAGAACGAGCUCAACACCAAGUAGUAGACCGAGCCCGUCACCUCCCAGCGCCACCUUAACCAGGGCACGUUAAGGUGAUCCUGGGACAACAAAAAAAACGGGGGCUCGCUUCCCGACCACUGACCGUCUCCUCCUGUUUGUGUUGUCCCCCCCCCCCCAUUUUUUUUAAUUUUAAUCAUUAAAUAACUGGACCACUCACUUUUUUUUACGUAGCUAUAUCGUUGCAAUAGGAGAGACAUUUAUGGCUUAAAAUAUUUCCUCCCCUCGUUAAGGUCUGUCAAAGAUAUAUAAUGAUAAAGCACUGUAAAAAAAAGUUUUAAUUGUAACAAGUGAGAAUUUGAGAAACACAUGACAAAGGGGGAUAUAUUUUUGUUUAUAAAAAUGGUUCUUGGGGCGAGGGGAUGGAGAGGUUUAUUCUCAUUUAAAAAAAAUUUUUAAUUGUUAUUUUAAUGCUCUUUUUCGGCAUCAUGUUUUCACACUUUUAAUUGCCAGCAGAAAUGCCCACAGUUGAGCUCAAGACCAAUUGUUAUUUUCUUUUUUUUUUCUUUUUUUUUAUUAAAUUUUCAGUGAGUGGAAGUGCUAUUUCAUUCCGUAGCAAGAGCAUGGGAUUGUGUUUUUUUUUUUUUUUUUUUUUUUUUUUUUGUGAUGUUUUAGAUAAACUCUGAAUGAUUUUCCAGAGGAGGAUCGUAACGGUCCAGAGAAGGAUCCUUUAAGUGCACAAAAUUACUGUAAAUAUCUGGGUCCACAAGUGUCUCACUCUUUUACUACUGUAGAAAGCUGCCAGGCUACUAAAAACUGCAAAACUAAUGUGGUUUAACAGCAUUUCGGUGACCGAAAAAUCCCAACAGGAAGUACUGCUAAGACUGGACCGAGUUUUAAGUUUUAAGUGUUUCGCCCCAAUCUGAGGUAACUAAUUUUUAUUUUAGUUUAAAAAUCAAAUAGUCAUUCUUUGCAGAGUUGUGUGAGAAUAAUUUGAUCGAUUGUACCUGAAAUUCCAAGCCAGAAAAGGAUUUUUUUGUUUUUCUCACUCACAAUGUGAUUGUUGGUUUUCACUCUCUUAUUCUUUAAGUCCUUGUUUGCUUUACAGAUAUUUAUUUCAAACAUUGUGGAGGAAAAAAAAAAA